AUGGCUGACGGACCAUCCGGCGCCAAAAAAUGCCGUGAUGAUGAUGUGCUCUUCAGGGUAAAAUCAAAAGAAGAUCGAGAGUACACACUCUCGAAGAAAGCGGCGCAACUUUCCGGAACGAUUCAUCACUAUUCUGAGAACUAUGGCCUUGACAAUGAUGAGGCGAUCAUGAAAAUGGAGCCAAUGUCAUUACUGGAAGUGAGCAGCGAAUCAUUGCAUCAUAUCAUACGUUGGUGCGAGCAACAUCGAAAUUGUCCGAUUUGGGAAGAGGAGAAAUGGUGGCAAAACGAACGGGAUGCUGAGUUGACAAAGUGGGAGGACGAGUUCAUGGCAGAAAUGACUUCCGAAACUCUCUACAAUCUUUUCCUAGCUGCCAACUUCCUUGACAUCAAAUGUCUCUUGGAUAAAUGCGCUCAAUCUGUUGCUGACAUGAUCAAGGGAAAAAGCGUCGACGAGAUUCGUGAGAUUUGGAUGCUCGAAAACGAUUUCACUCCUGAGGAAGAAGAGAAGAUCAAGAACGAGAAUCCGUGGGAGGCGAUUCUUCGUUACCAGGAGCAGCUUGAGAAAGAAAAAGAGGAACAAGCCUCUCAACCGGCAGCUUCAUCA